AUGCUUGUCGAGGACAUCAUCGACCUCGGCCUCGUCUCGCACUUCCUCGGCGCCGAUCCUGGCGCCGAGGACGUGGUCUCCGCCGCCAGCCACGACGGCGCCUGCACCGCCUUUGCGAGCGGCGAGGUGGUCGUCCUUAUGCGGCGCGAGGCGCCGACCUCGCCGACUCUCCUGCGUGCCCCUGGCGAGCACGCGAGCGCGGUGGUCUGCCUGACCGUGCCUGCCGCCGCCGCCGUCGUGGCCGUGGUCGGCUACCGCAGCGGCGCUCUCGCUGUGUGGUCGAGCGACGGCUCGCGGCUGCUCCGGCUGCACCUGCACAACUCGCCGCUCGUGCAGCUGGCGGCGCAGACGCUCGGCGGCUGCGACGCCGACGGCGGCACGCUGCUCUGCCUCUGGGCGGGCGGCGCGCUGUGCCACGUCUGCGCCGCGACGCUCGGCGAGGCUCUCACGAGCCGACUCGCAAGCGGCGGGGAGGGGCGGGGGGGCAGGGUGGCGACCGAGCGGCUGGCCGCGUGCUUCCGCCUGCUCAGCGUCGGGGAGCGGCCGUCGGGCGGCGGCUGGGUCGGCGUGGCGAGCGGCGGGCAGCUCCCCUCUCCGCCCCUCGAGGUUGACGCCGCGCUCAAGGGCGGCCGCGGCGAGGCGGAGAGAGGGAGGGAGCCGCCCUCGCUCGGGCUCACGCUAACGGACGGCGCCUCUCUGCAACUCCACCUCGUCACCGUCGCCACAGCAGAGGCGCCGCCGCCGGCCGCCGCCGACGCGGACGCCGCCGCUGCCGCCACGAAGAUGUGGGCUGUGCCGGCGGGCGUCCGGCUGCGCGCGAUCGCGACCGGCCCCGGCUGCCGGCUGCUUGCGCCGGCUCCGCCGCUGGCGCAGGCGGAGGAGGGAGGCGCUCCGCUCCGGUGCUACCUCCUGCAGCCGUCGGGCGCGCUGAGCCGCCUCGAGCCCACCGAGACUUGUGACACUUGA